CCUAAUCAUCUGGCGAGAUCUCUGCCCCGAGCGUUUCACCGCCUCCAGCACACACACACACACACACUCACACACACACACACACGCACGAGCGCACACAGACAUGGAGUUCAGCAUUCGCGCAGGCAACGUGGAAGACUGCAAGGACAUCGCGCGAAUGAUAGCGGAACUGACAGAAUUCGAUGGCAUGUCAGAUCAGCUGACACUGACUCAGAAAGAUUUGGAGCAAGACGGCUUCUCCAAGAAACCCUUCUUUCACGUGAUCGUGGCCGAGGUGCCUGAAAGCCACAAGUCCAGUGGCGGCCAUACAAAGAUCGGCUACGCUCUUUACUACUUCGCCUACAACUCACGCAAAGGCAGGACUGUUCACAUGGAUGACUUGUACGUGAUGGCGGAGUUCAGAGGAAAAGGCAUUGGUAAAGCGCUGAUGAGUAAAGUGACCCAGCUCAGCAUGGCUGCCGGCUGCAAGCAGCUGGACUUCAUCGUCAAGGACACAAACACGUCGGCCAUCGACUUCUACGCCAGGACGGGCUGCUUCGACGUGACCGAGCGCCACGGAUACCACCUGAUGCGCUGCGAGGGCGAGGCCAUGCAGAGCCUGGCACAGCCGUAGGCUCACCGGGUCGAACCGCACGGCAGGGAUCGCACUCGACACUUAUACACUCCUGCAGCUUCACUUUAGCUCCAGAUUCACGUCUUAUCGCCCGGUUUGAUUCGAGCAGCUUCUCUUUUCAGAAGCUUUAGCGGGAUAGUUUAACAUGACUGACGGCGUGUUGUAACUUAAAGUAGUAAUACAUAGUAUUUUGUUGCAUAAAUUCAACUUGAAUAAUGUCAUCUCAUGGUCAAUAUAUUGCGCACUUAUUCUAAAACUCUCACUUUCAUAUCAGUGACGUUUCUUCACAAAUAAACUGAGCUAUAAGCUCUUCACUACUGUUAGUUUCCUGAGUAACUGCUGAUUAGAUGCAUUUGUAGUUUUUAGAGCAAAUACUUUAAUUAUAUUUUGGAUUUUUUUUUUAUUGAUGAUCAAUCUCUAGUUGUAACUAUGCAUAUUAUGCGGUUAAGCAUCUAAUCAUUAAGUGGAUUGAAGUUUGGGAAACUUCCCCUCACAAUACACUUAAAGUAGCACUGAAACCUGUUUGGUGUUUCCCCCUUGUUUUUGCACUACAAUAAUCUACUUGUGUGUCUCCUAAGAAAUAGUUUUAGCUCUAAACGCAUAAAGAAAUUAAUCGAUGUAACUCGUGUUUCAUUGUUUGUUGCGAGACAGUGAAUUAUUGAUCGUUUAUCCCUUUAAUUGUACCUUUAAAAAGCAACCAAAGAGCCACGCUGGUUGUCGUCUUCCAGAUGAGGUUUGCUGUCAAAGCACAAACUGCUGGUGUUUCCUCUGUUUUCUCCUUCUGACGUGGUGAAACUCAGUGAGUCAUUUGGAAUCAACCAAAAGCCUGCCGGGAUGCAGCCAAGCUCUUCGGCCUGCUUUCAAAAAGAAACAGGCGAGAAUCAAACCGUGAUCCGUCUGGAGGGACCUUGGAGGCCGCUCAGUAGACUUCUUUGAACCUGUCCUGCUAAAAUGAAAGUGGCAUCACUUUGGUCUGGACUGCUGGUUUUUAUUCUGUCUGCUUUCUACCUAAACGGGGAAAAAGA